CUGUCAUUUCCGGACUAGCUGCGGGGGAGCUCCGGGCCCGCGGGAGAGCCGGGGCUGGUGACUUUCGAGGAGGUGGCUGUGUCUUUCACCAGGGAAGAGUGGGCUCUGCUGCACCCCACUCAGAGAGCCUUCUACAGGGAUGUCAUGCAGGAGAACUAUGAGACGGUGGUCUUACUGGGGUUUCCAGUUUCCAAACCUGAUGUGAUCUCACAGCUGGAACGAGGGGAAGAGCCGUGGAUCCUGGACCUCCAGGGCUCUGAGAAAGAAGAGCUCCCGAGAGGUGAUGGGAUGGUGAGUGAGAAUGAGGAGAAACCCCAGCAGGAAGAUGAUGAGCAAGUAGAACCACAUGGGACGUUACCAGGAAGAUCCAAAGGGAAUGUUUCCGGGAGUUGUGCACUCUGAGAAAAAG